AGUUUCACCAAUAAAAAACAGACGGCUGCGAUUAUUUUUUGACAAAACGAUAGUCUCAAAAUGUCAUUUACUGCUGAAAAUACUAAUCAGUGACUUGAAAAAUGUAAAAACUUAGCUUUCAAGUGCUAUAUUAUUUGGUCAGCAAUUACUUUUUCCACCGGUAAAUAUGGUGUAGAUAGUUCUGCUAUCUACACCGGUAGAUCAGCUUCAGUAGCGGGUCCGCGGAAUCAAGGAACCAGUCAAGGAAAACAACGAGUCCCGGAAAAACAUCAAGAGCUUAUAGCUGGCGACAAUCAUCGUCAUGACCUCGCCGUCGCCAUCUUCCUCGACGUCCGACGAAGCUGUUAUGAUUGAGGAAACGAACGUGUGCGGCGGUCCUUCGCUGUCGCUGCCGAGUGAAACCAACAUAUCGUCGCUGUUGCUGGACCACGGCUACGACGUGCAAGGAUGGAAGCGACUCGGCCUGUGUUCGGACAACUACCUGCAGUAUAUUCAGCCGGUGUGGGCCUCUUUCGACGCGCCACCCUACAGUCAUCAUCUGGUCAUCGCUGGCUUCCACUUGUUCAUGAUGCUGGUGGGAUGCUCCGGCAAUCUCUUCGUCAUCGUCGUCUUCAUCAGAAACCGCAAACUGAGGAAGCCAUCGAAUCUUCUUCUGCUCAAUCUGGCCAUAAGUGACUUCGUCAUGGUGCUCAAGUCCUUCACCAUAAUCAUCAACUCUGUCUUCGGCGGUCCAGUGCUGGGCGUCAUAG